AUGGAUCGCACCACUUGGACUGAUCAGACUCCGUCAGCAUCGGUCGAAGUCGUUAACCAGGAAGCUGCUGCAACAAACAUCAAAACUGAUGAAGCUGCGGCAACAGACGUCCCAAUUUUAAUGGGCAUGGAUCUAGAUGUUUUCAACGCUGCAAAAGAAGGCAAAAUUGAUGUCCUCAGGGGACACGAUCCGCAGCAUCUUAACCAAAUAUUGACUCCAACCCGUAACACAGUCCUCCAUGUUUAUAUCGCUUAUGCAAGCACCCCAAAGCUCGUCAAAUCUAAAGAAGAAGCGCCGAUCAAGCCAACCAGCUUUGUGGAGGAUAUCCUUCAGAUUUGUCCGACACUGCUAUGGCAGCAAAACGAGAGCGGUGAGACUGCCUUGCACAUGGCGGCCAAACAUGGGCUUCCUGAAAUAGUUGAACUUCUCAUCCAAACUGCACAAGCUCGUCGUUGUGAAGACCUCGAGCAUGGGGCUGCCGCCUUCGCCUUAUCAUCAUCAUCAGAAGAAGAAGCAGCCUGCUGGAAGAUUUUCAUAAGGACACCUAGUAAGGAGAAGGACACAGCCUUGCACGAGGCAGUGCGGUUUAAGCACCUUGGUGUGGUGGAGAUAUUGAUCAGAGAAGACCCUGACUUUGCCUACCCUCCUAAUGUUGCUGGGGAGACUCCACUUUAUUUGGCUGUCGAGAGGAGAUACAAAGCUUUGUUCUCCGAAAUACUUCGCACUUGCAAGCAUCCAACUUACCAAGGCCCCAAUGGAAGAACGGCUUUGCAUGCUGCAGUGAUUUACGGUGAUGAAAAAAUGACGGAAGAAAUACUGAACAAGAAAAAGGAUUUGGCGAUAGUGACAGACGAAAAAGGAUGGACCCCACUUCACUACGCUGCAUUCCAUGGUCAUGCGUCAAUUGUUAUACAACUACUAGAAACUAAUAAACGCAGUGCCUACAUGGGUGACGAAGCUGAUAAGAAGACUGCUCUUCACAUUGCAGCCUCCAAGGGCCAUGUUCAUGUAAUGAAACAACUUAUUUCCUAUUGUCCUGAUUGUUGCGAAGUGGUCGACCAAAGACGUCGAAAUGCUCUUCAUUAUGCCUUGGAGAAGAGUCAAUCUCGAAUUAUAGAUUUUGUUAUGAAGGAUACAUGGCUUAGCAACGUCCUUUUAAAUGCCAAGGAUGAUGACGGCAACACUCCAUCUACUUAA